CCUGACUGACCUAAAGGUUUAUAAUUAUCAUCGCAGCAUGAGCUAAAUCAAGGAUUAUUUUUAAAGGAUCUAAGACAAAGUUACCGGAUCCCUUUAAAACAAAGUAGGUAAUUUACACUCAUUUAUAUCCUCUUGACCCCCCCCCCCCACCCACACCACGCCCCAACCAUACAUUCUACAUGAUUAUGUCCAACCUCUUCUCAACACCCUCAAACAACCUCGCUAGUCAUGUGGACCACUAUUCAUAAUGAAAGUGGAACUUCCUAUACGUGAAGGACCGCUAUUCAUAAUUCGAAAUCGGGGUCGCUAUUUAUCUUCAAUCUUUUCGCAUUAUAAUUAGCGACCCUAUUCAUGUAUUAUGAAUAGGAAGCCCUAUGAAUAACGACCCCUAUUUGUAUAGGGGGGGGGGGGGGUUAAGGGGAAAUAUGUAUUACCUACUUGAUUUGAAGGUUUAAAAAAAUAAUUAUGAAUUGUACCUUUUUUUCUUCAAUUAAAAGUAAGAAAUAAUUAUGUUGAAUAAAUAUUUUGUCGAAUAACAUUUAAAAAAAAAGAAAUUUUGUAAAAUAAAAUUUUUGUCGAAUUAAAUGUAGGCCUAUGCCGAAUAUAAAAUUGAUGUCGAAUACAAUUGUUGACAAAUACAUUUUUUGUCGAAUAGAUUGUCAAAUAAGAUAUGCCAAAUAAAAUGUGUUGUCAAAUAAAACUUGUUAAAUAUUUUCUGAAAGUGUUGAAUAUAUACAUUUGAGUGAAAUACAUUUUUUUAAAGUGUUGCAUAUAUUUAUUUGUUUCCCUUAAUGCUUGCCAUAGAUGUCAGAACCUUGAUCUAUUUUUAUUGUAAAUGUUAAAUAACCUUGGUCGGAACUUUCACUGGUAGUCUAUAGUAUAUCAAUUCUGUUAUUUCUUCGAAAGAUAUUUACGACUUACAUAAUAGGUCUACAUGUAGAUCAGGGUGAGACCAUUACGUGUAUAUUGGACAGUAUGAUCAAUUCGAUGCAGCUGCGCUACAAGUCUAACGCUUUGAAGUUCAUUACUGGAAUGACCACACUAGUAUGAACAUGAUGAAUUCACGAGCUAUCUCCAAGAAAUGCCUUUUCAUGACGAUGACGAUGGCAAUGAUGAUUGACAUCGUCGUUGGUGACACGACGAUGAGACCGAUGACGUUCCUUCCACCAACCCAUCCCUCCCCUACGCAGUUCUUUACCCACGGCGUUUUUACUCCACCUCCACGUCACCUCACAACACAAUUUUAUUUAGUAACACAAGGAGUGGCGGCGCCUUUUGAUCUGAAUCCAUACCUUACGACGACGACCCCACAGUAUUCCCCUCGAACUAAACUCGUCAUCGAGUGCCCUCAUGGUUUCGAUCAGAUCUCAACCCCUUGCAGAUUACCAGAGAACGACCCGCCCUGGCCAGAAUGCCAUGCUACAACACUGCAGGUGAUGAAUAGAUUCAGUGUGGAUGGGUACGACUCCUGUCUGAAUGCUGUUCUUACGAUCCGUGAUUACCUGGGAACAACUGCCAAUGGUAACAUGACAAUUGCUCUCAAUUACCCUGUUGCUACGGUUAAGUGGUGGGCCAAUGUCAAUGUUACGAACGCACGUUUUCUGCAGAAUGACAUCGCAAACGUCCUGGAGGGUGAACUUGAUAACCUCUCGAGCAGCCGAUGUGCGGAUUUUAUCGAAUUCGGGGUAACCUGUUCACUUGAAGGAGAUCGCAAUGACUCUAUCUCAACGUCGCUUACCUCAAGGGACUGUACGGAAGAGUGGUUCUUUGGUCAACCGGAUGCUUUCACACCAGUCUGGCAAAAUGGAUCAUUCCUUCUCUUUUUCAAUGGAUCUUACAUCAUACCAACUUGGUGGAAUGACAGAUCGACAUAUGACGUCGUUGAGUCGUACGAUUCAAGUCGUCAAAAUAAAACGCGAGAGUUUAGAGUGUGUGGUGCACGAAAGGCUAUGCUCAACUGUGCUGUCGUCCUAUCAGAUGAAAAAUAUUCCUUGAAAGAUGUCGGAAACUUGACGUUUGUCGUCUACAAUGAAACCGUAUACAAAAAUGAAUCGUUUGAAUACGUGUCCAACAACUCUAUCAGAAUCUGCGUCACCCUAGACAAUUUUUCCACUGUACUAGAACAAGAAGUAGAGGAAGGUCCCACGACCAAGACUGUUAACGUUCAACUGAUCUAUAGCCAUGUACUGUUUGCUAUAUCGACCUUUUGUCUCAUAUUAUUGAUCGUGACCUAUUUGAUGUUCCCUGAACUUCGCAACUUCCAGGGAUGUGCUAUACUUAGCUUUGCGUUAUCCUUGCUGAUAUCCCAAAUUUGUCUGCAGUAUGUCGGUCCUUACUCACGUCGCACAAUGGCUCUGUGCCAGGGUGGGGCAGUUCUUGCUCACUUCACUCUUCUGUGUGCCUUUGCGUGGAUGACUCUUCUUGCCUUUGACCUUUGCCGAAGCUUCCGAGUAACUCAAACCCGCUCACAUCGUAAUCCAACCAGUCGUUUCAAACGCUACGCUCGCCACUCGCUUGUCGGAUGGGGCGUUCCUCUCCUUCUCGUAAUCGUCGCUCUCGGAUUGCAUUUCACUGAGAAUGAUGUGCUCCCGCUCGAGUACGGAUCAGGAAGAAACUGCUGGGUGUAUCCAGUUCUUGCAAACAUCGUAUUCUUCAUUGUUCCAGUUGUAUUGUCGUUGGUUGCCAAUGCCAUUCUUUUUAUCAUCACUGUUGUCAACAUUUGCAGGACGACGAAAAUGACCCGAGGCGCUCUUCAACAGAACAGAUCACACAAGCAUGUACUAUCAGAGCUACUCAUCUACUUCAAGAUAUCUUGUUUGAUGGGAUUCAGCUGGUUGUUCGGCUUGGUAGCCGCCCUGGGUACAACGUCCGCCCUCUGGUACCUGUUCAUAACGGUCAAUGGUCUCCAAGGCAUCUCGGUAUUUCUCUCAUUCGGUGUUAAUGCCAGGGUCAGGAAGUUGUGGAGCAAGAAAAUGACCUCAGCUGGGUCCAGUACCAGCAAUGGAAGCUCCAAUAAGACCAAGAAGACCAGUUCCGUUUAGUGGUCUUUCUGAAUACCUCACUCACUUGUGGAAAUGUUCGGCCUAACUAUAUACCCAGGUCGAAAUUCCAGUUGAUACCAGUUGAAACCAGUAAGGAUUUCCAGCUGGUAUCUACUGGUUUGAACACAAUGCGAAUGCUUGCUCAUCUGCAGUUGCGCUUGUCUGGACUACAGGUUGAAAUGCGUGUCUUUGUUACGAGAUUACAUUCUGACAUAAAUGUACAUUAGCAUGGGUUUGCAUGUUAUUGAUAGAGAUAUGAUUAAACAAGUAUUUCAGCUAUGCCAGUACUCUCUAUUAUAGUACCCCCUAUUUCAGGGGCCUAGAUAACAUCUCCGCUAAUCACCGGCCAAUGAGUAAGGAGAGACAAUGAAGGUUGAAGGGUGGAUGGUUGACUAUAUCAAGCAACUCCCCCCCCCCCCUCAUUGCUGCUCAAGUGUUUUUUAUUUGAAUUAUCAAUGACUGGGGUACAUAACUAUAGGGUAAGACACCCCCCCCCCCUUUUUUUCAUUGGACCCUCUUUUCUCUAUCAAAAGGAACACCUACACCAGUCAAGUCGAGAGAGAUUGUGUAAUACUCUGGACAGUUUCCUCCCUCAUCUCAAAGAUGUUAUAUUCGAUUCCUAGAUGGGGGAGAGUAGGUGGGUAUAGGCGUUUCAGUGGACUUUUAACUCUUUCGUAGGGCCUCCACAUUUUUCAGACGAUUUACACGUUGAUGAAAUAAACCCAGAACAAGAGCAACACCAACGGAUCACAACUAUUAUUCAGAACGACCAACAUUAAGAAUUCGCUCCAAAUUGCAGUAGCUUUAGAUAUAAACAUAAUAAACAGAACGUCAAAGGUUACUUAGUUUUUUCUCGAAAUUGCGCCGGCUCGAGAUAAUCUCUCUCUCUCGAAGAAUGUGAAGAAACUUUUGUUUCAAGUGGUUGUCGUUCACCUUAUGAAGUGUCACUUUGUUACUGGGACCUAAAGAACAGCUGAAAUACCUGUCACACCACUGCUUUAUCUGAUGUCUUCUAUAUACAUGUAUAUAUUUCUUUAAUCUGACACCGAUCGAGUACUGCGGUAUGAUCUCUGGGUUGUAUUCUUCAAGAUUUAACAACACAAUUUUAAAAGUAGAUGUGCCACCCCCUUUCACACACAAACACACCACACAUACACGUAAUUUCUAACGACACCACUGCCUAUACUUUGUUGAGCGGAACAUACGGUUAUAGGAUAUGCAGUAUGGACGAAACCCUUUGGACUAACGUACGCAAUAAUCGUGGUAAGAAAUAGGCAAGGUAACCAGAGAAUAAAUAAUUAAUUAUCAAUCUAUCAUUUCAGACUCUUUCUGAAAUCUCCCAAAAGUUGACGUCUCUCGUCCUUUCUUUCAUAAAACAUAAAGGUAUACAGGUGAGAUUUUAUAAACUGUGACAUUAAUAUAUAUCUUCAAAAUGCAUGUAUAAAAUAAUAAUCAUAAUAUGGCUUUCUCAUAAAAAAAAAAAGUUUUAUGACUUCAUGAAAGCAUCUUUAAAGUAUAUACAUGAACAUUACUCCAUCAGUGUAAAUAUCACUGUUAUAAUCAUGCAAAUUUGGAAAUUCAUUCAUGGAGCUACGAACAGUGUCAGUCUAUAUUAAACAGAGAUACAAACAAUUACUUUUUAUGUGUUAUUAUUUGUAUAAUUAUAUAAUUGCAAUAGGUGUUAGUUGAUAGUUGGCAGGUGCUAGGUGUAAGGUGUUUAGUGCUAGAUAAGGGUUACAUUCUUUAUUAUCAUGAGGGAUUUAUUUACUACAUUGUAUGCAUCUAAUACAAUUUAUUAACAAAAUCCCAAUCACUCCUAUGUACAUGUCUAUAUAUAUAUUACCAUUCACUAUGCAAGGAUACACGUUGAAAUCUAAAUAUACAUGUAUUUGCUAUGCUGUAAAAGCCAAGUACAGGACAAGUAAAACAAAAUGUGCAUCUUGCCUUCCCAGAAAUCAAAUUUAUGAUAUUAUUAUAAAUGUUAUUUUUUUGAUGUCUGCUUUUUUGUUGUAUCAUUGUAGUUAGUACCUGUUUACUAUAUAUUUGAAAAGGGUGGUAUAACUACGGAUAUUUACACCCUGUGUUGAUUCAACAAAUGUCCUCUUACCAACGAUUGAAGUAUUAUAAUGAGGUUAUUCGUGCAGCUUUUGCUUUUCUCCUUAUUCCCUUCUAAUUUAACCUGUUGAUUUUUCUGUGGCCCUUCACAUACUCUAGUAAUUUUACUAUUUUCCAAUUAUUUUUUAUAAAAGCACAACGACUUAUCUCAAAUUAUAUUUUCCCUCUCUCAUUAUAAUUUGUAUCCGAGCAAUUAAUAACGAGUUACCCCUACCGAUUUCCUCCAUUUUUCAAAAAAAUAACGAGAUACAUUCAUACCCCACUAUACAGUCGAACCACUUCCACACUCCUCGAAUGAGAACAGCUUUCGCACAA